AGUAUGAACUCAUCCACCUAUAAUUUCAAUAAUAACAAAACCAAUACUGUGUCGCAAAGUGAAACCUCUCCUGCUUACGAUCCUGCCAAACAAUUUGUAUGUUCGUACUGUAUGAGACGGUUCAAGCGUCAGGAACAUCUAAAGAGACACGUGAGGAGCUUACACACGAAUGAAAAGCCAUUUGAUUGCACGCUCUGUGGUAAAAAGUUCUCCAGAUCUGACAAUCUUGCUCAACAUAUCAAGACGCACAACCAGAUGAAUGCGGAUGGACAGAGUGCUGAUGAGCAGAAUGAUGAAAGCCCUUAAACACACCUUUGGAGAGGUAAAAUCAAAACUUGUUGAAUUCAUGACUUACGAAACGAAUAUAUUCUACCCUAAUAUACAAAUUAUACUAUGCGUGUGUGCAAUCUUGGAUCGAUGAUGUGGUGGAGUAUGUCAAACCAUCAAACGACCUUUGCGUCAAGCUGAAGGGGGAAUUGAAGUGAAAGACAUGAAUAGAGUGUUCGUCCUUAUAGCAAUACCUCAAUCAUAUUAUCUGUAGCGUCCGAAACUCG